GCUGACAUAAUUGGUCCUUAAACCGACACGUCGGCCGAAAUCCUCUUGCGCCGUUGACGUCGUUGAACCAAUCAACAACCUUGCAAGGUUUGAUACUAACUCAACCAGUGGUCAUCGAGUCAGCUUCCUCAUCUUUGGUGUUUAUUAUUAUGCUCAUCUAUCCCAUCGGCACUCGACAUCUAUCCCAUCACCACUCGACAUCUAGCUUGUCACCGCCGUCGGUGACAAUCGAUUGAAGAUGUUGCAAACUAUCGCCACUGUUGUUGUGGUGAUCGUCACUCCAUUGCUCCUGCUUAUUUGGUGGAAGACGCCAUCGUAUACGGCUGACGAGCCGGCUCCGGUCCCAUAUACCAUCCCAGUCCUAGGAAACGCGCUGGGGUUCACAACUUAUCAUCGAAAGUUCAUGGACGAAUCGAGCGCCUCGAGAAACGGCCAGCCUUUCUCUAUACUGGUCGCAGGUCGCAAGCACUAUGUAUUCAACAACCUUGCCGAUAUUGUGACUAUCCACAAGACGAAAACCCUCGACAUCAAGAACUUCAUAAAAAUGAUCAUGAGUAAUCUUUUCGGAAUGUCUGAGAAGGAAGCCAUUAAAUUUGUAUCCAUCAAGCCAGUCAUCCACGAGCUCAAUACAAAGUACCUCCUCACAGCCAAGAACAAUGUUGUUGAAGCUUCAAGAUAUUUCACUCUUUUGGACGAGGUGUUCAAUGUUCUAGACAAGGAUAUCAAGGACAGCGCAACGAAAUCGGUGACCAAGGAUGGUUUUGUGUUUGUCGUCGACACCCAAGGAAUCGCCUCCGUCCAAGCGUAUUUUGGCCAGUCUCUGCUCGAUCUCAAUCCUAAAAUGCUUACAGAUCUAACUGUGUUUGCCGGAGAGGGUUUUUGGCCCCUGCUAUCUGGCGCCCCAGCCCCUGGCCUCCUCUUUCCACGGCCGUUCACCGCUCGUGAGCGGGCAGUGCGGAAUAUUGAACAUUGGAUCAAGAUGGUGGAGAAGGAUGAAAGCUUGACUUCUCCGUUCAUAGCCGCUCGUAUGAAUGUUCUAAAGGAUCAAGGCAUGGAAGAGACUGUUAUUGCAAGAGAACUUUUCAGUAUGCUCUUCGGUUCCAACGCGAAUUCGAUUCCUACCGCCUACCUGGCCCUUCUCCGUUUCCUAUACUCCCCCAGUCUCGUUGAAGACAUACGCCAGGAGUUACAAGAUGCUGGAUACGGAUCUCUCUCACCAGCAGAAUAUGUCUCGCUCUUCCCUCUCGGCCUACCGCUCCUACGCUCAGCGUUCUGGGAAGCAAUCCGCAUGGGUUCUGUAUCGAACACCAUUCGAGAGGUUCUCGAACCCACGGAGCUAGUAAGUGGCGAUCGCACCUUCAAGCUUAAGAAAGGCGGUAUCGUCACAUGUCCCCCGUGCUUGGUGCACAUGAAUCCUUCAUUGCAUCCAGAACCCCAUGUCUUCAAGCCUCGCCGGUUUUUGCCUAAGGAGCUCGGUGGAGAUGGCGAGAACCAUACCAAGACACUCAAGCCAUUUGGUGGCGGGAAUAGCUAUUGUCCUGGACGUGUGUUUGCGGAGAAGCAGGUUAUGGGCUUUCUGGCAGAGAUCUGCUGGCGAUAUGAGAUCACAAUCCUGGACAAGGACAGAUUCGUGAUUCCGGACAACGCGGACUUCCACUAUGCAGUCAAGUGUCCGAGGGCUCUGUUUGAGCUGAGAUUGAGAGAUUGAAAUGUUUCUGGCGGCGCUUUCUGAAGAGAUACCGAGUCAAGAGUUGAAAUUCGACGUCAAAAUAGACGCACGGUCGAUUAUGGGUGGUAAAAAAUAAUAUCAUGGAUUGCGAUAGUAUACCAAACAACCCAUACACUAUUGAGUACACAACCAGCAGUUCGUAGUUACAACCUUGGCAACAGUCCAAUCC